CUCCCAUAGCCACAAAACCGGAGAACAUUUCACUCCCAAUAUCACCAGGGGCUUAUAGAGGGAAGAACUGGAAGAGCUGAGCUGAGCCGAGCCAUGGCGUCCACAACACUCGUCCCAUCUUUCUCACUCAGACAAGCGAGCUACGCGGCGCCCGCGGCCCAUGCCGCCGUCAGACCAGUGCCAGUUAUGCGCUCCGCCGCAGUCCCCACCCGGAGGCAGCUAGCUGUCUUGCUCCCGGCUACCGCGGCCGCAUUGGUGUUGAGGGACCGGCCUGCCCGGGCGGAGGACAUCGGGCUAUUCGGGUUCAGGAAGAAGCUGAGAGGAGCUGAGCAGGAGGCGGAGGAGAUCGUGAGGGAAGGCUUCGAGGCCGCCGAGAAGGGGCUCGAGACGGCUGAGAAGGGCAUCGUCGCGGCGGAGCGUGGCAUCAAGGCGGCCGAGAGGGGGAUAGAGGAGGCAGAGAAGGAGGUCGAGACGGCGGUGAGCUUCGGAGCUCUAUCGCAGGCAGCUGCAGUGGCGGGGGCGGAGGUGGUGGGUGUCGUGGUGGCGACGGCGGUGGUGAACGGGAUUUUGGGGCCGGAGGGUCAGAGAACUUGAAGUUUGACUUGUGCAUGAUAAUUUUUGCAUCAUUUUGUAAUCAGUCAGUAUCCACUUUGAUGUGCGUGUUGUAUUCUAUCGUGUGAAUUAUUAAGAACAAAUAAUAGCACAUGUCACGGUUUUUUUUUUUAAAA